AUGGGGGCACAGAAAAGGAGGGCUGGAUUUGGGCUGCGAGGAGUGCGACAUGUAGUGCAGCAUCUGUCUCUGAGCAACAGCUCUCAGCCCGAGCACCUCUGCUCCGCGCUCGCUGUUCACUCGAGUGACUCCUGGUUUGAUAAAACACCAGCGCAGAGCUGCCCGGCCCCCGCCAACUCUCGCAUCCGCAAUGUGCACUUAAUCUGCCAGGAGGACCCUCCACAGCGCGCUACAAUCAUUAGGGACCCCGCGCGCAGCCAAUCGAACACGCGCAUCGGAGCGGCAUAA